CUCUUCAGGGCUCUUGCAAACUUGCCUCUCAGCAGCAGUGUUUUAGAGCUGUCCGUGACACGCUUUGGGGCUGUAACGCUUGUUUUAAACUUUCCUGUAAAGCUUUUGGCUCUCCUGCUUGGAAAGCACCAUUGUCCUCCAGAAAUGAGGAUCUUCUUGCUGAAUAGCUGCCCUGGUUUCCUGUGGUGGGGAGACCAAUGCUAAAUGUCAGGUUUGGAUGCAGUGGUUGUGCUUUCAGGACAGCAGCGAUGAAGCACUGUUUCUACAAUGAGACUGUGGGGUUCUUCUACAACAACAGCCGCAAAGAGCUGACCACAUACUGGAGGACGAAGGAUGUCUUGGUGGUUGCCCUGGGCUUGACAGUGAGUGUCAUUGUGCUCCUGACCAACCUGCUGGUUAUCACUGCUAUUGUCAUCAACCGGCGGUUCCACUAUCCCAUCUACUACCUGCUGGGGAACUUGGCAGCUGCUGAUCUCUUUGCUGGCAUUGCAUACAUGUUUCUCAUGUUCCACACGGGGCCUAGGACAGCAGAGCUCUCCCUGAAGACCUGGUUCAUCCGCCAGAGCCUGCUGGACACCAGCCUGACUGCCUCUGUGGUGAACCUGCUGGCAAUUGCUGUAGAAAGGCAUCAGACUGUUUUCACUAUGCAGUUACACAGCAAAAUGUCCAACCAGCGCGUGAUGAUCCUGAUCUUCUGUAUUUGGGUCACAGCCCUGCUGCUGGGGCUCAUCCCAUCCUAUGGCUGGCACUGCCUCUGUGCCCUGGAAAAGUGUUCCAGCAUGGCACCGCUCUACAGCAGGAGCUACUUGACCUUCUGGGCCAUCUCCAACCUGGUCAUAUUCCUGAUCAUGGUGGUCGUGUACACACACAUCUUCAUCUAUGUCAAAAGGAAGAUGACACGGAUGUCCAAGCACACCAGCUUCCACCCCCGCUACAAGGAGACCAUGAUCAGCCUUGUCAAGACAGUCACUAUUAUACUCAGUGCCUUUGUUAUCUGCUGGACUCCAGGACAAGUUGUGCUCCUACUGGAUGGCUUGGGCUGCAAGAGCUGCAAUGUUCUAGCUGUGGAGAAAUACGUCCUUUUGCUGGCAGAGAUCAAUUCGUUGAUAAAUGCUAUUGUCUACUCUUACAGGGACAAUGAGAUGCGCAGCACCUUCCGGAGGAUCCUCUGCUUCAUCUGUUAUAGGAAUUCCAGAUACACCCCUACAGUAGUGAAGUUAAACACUACAGACCGCAGAACACUUUCUCAGAAUGGGCACUUUACUGUGGACUCCUCUAUUUAGUUCCUCAGUGCUGUGCUCGUCUCCGCUGGUCAACAGCAACCCUUUUCUGACCAAAAGCGCAGAGACUGAGUGACCUGCUUCCAAAGCAGUACUGACUUCUUUUAUGUUCUCAAGCAUAAAUAUUUGUAUAAAAUACUUGUCAGCCAUAUGGGGCCAAGAAGCUUUUAAGGAACUGAAUGGUGCGUUAUUUAGGACAAACAUACUUUGAGUAGUAUUCUUAUUAAAGACUGCUAUUUUUUAAUGCAAAAUUGAUUUAAUUUAGCAGCAUCUAGAAGUAUGCUACAUGCAACAAGAAUCUCGUGUGACCUUCUCUCCAUGAGCAAGGUAUUUUCUUGGUACUUCAGUAUUACCACUUUCAGAAAUAGCCAUUCCAAUGGUAACAAAUUCCAGAGUCAAAGCCCAAAGCUCUUAAGCUGUACUCAUUGCUUCCUAAACAGAGCUGCUUUCUGUUUCUCAAGGGAGUCUUUUUCAGGUUGUGUUCUACCACUUUCAGAAGUCACAUUCUUCUAAAGGCCUCUUCAGAGAGGAAUCUGUUUGUGAAUUACUUCCUGAGAAGCAGAUUGUUGCUUUCCCAAGUAUCUGUUACUGAAAUUCAAAGUAUUUUGGGCUUCUGCAGGAUGUAUGAGGAGCACCUUCCUAAAACAUUGAGUGGUGCCUCAACCGACUGCAGUUGUUUGUUCCGCUAAGUGAUACUAGGUGGUAUUCACAAAUUGAUUGCCUUUUCAUAAGUGUGGAGUGAGUCAUAUUCCCCUGAAACCGUCUUUCUACUCACUGAAAGCCCUUUGGGACAGGUUUACAUUAGAUUCCAAGGCAAUCCGUAUUUUGCCUUAGGUUUUAAUGUGCAGUUUGUACCUUAACAUUCAGCUGUUCAAAUAAUGUGUUAACAGUCUGUUCAAAUGUAAUCUUUCUCUCAGCAAAGCAUCAUAAGAAAUUAGCAGUAUUAUUUAACAUUAGUGCAUGUAGGACCUAGUUCUCUGCUGAGUAAAUCCAUUUACUGCACCUGACAUACAGUGUAAACCGUCACUCUCGCUUUUGAGACCAUGACUGGAGAACAGACAUUUUGCUGGCAAGAGAAUAUUCAUGACUUGACCAAGAAGCUGUAAAUACUUCUCCAGGUCCUUUUACCUUAAUGCUUUGUUAACAAUGUGAAAGUGCCUGCAUCAGUCAAAUCCAAAGCUAGUCUUUUACCAUGGGCUCCAGUGGGAGCAGAGAGGCCAAUAGGAAGCAGUUCUUUAAAAUUCUAAAUUUAAAGGCUUUGUUAUGAAGUUUUCAGUGUUUAAAAAAAAGAAAAAAAAAAAGGAGGAAAAAAAAAAAAAAGCCUGGUUCUGUCAGAUGAUCAGCUCCCUGACAGAUCACCUCGGCUGACUUUGCAGGAAGAACACAUAACUUACCUGGGGGAUUGUUGAGUCAAUGUGGACUUCAAUUCAUGUCUGUCUACAGACUUUUUCUUGCAGAACAUGGUCAAGAAGUGACUAUGUUAAGAUGACGGUACCCUGGAUUGACUAAAACAGUUCUGGAAUAUGGUCCAUGUUUUGUUGUCCCAGAGACUUGCUUUCAUUCUUUUCUUCCCCCACUAAAUCUCCCCACUGUGAAGGCCUGGCUCUGGGGAAGUGCUAUUUCCCAGUCUUGUGUUGUGAUGCUGGAAGGGAGAGAUACUGGCCUUGAUGCUUGCACCCAUCGUGACUUGCUGUGGAGGGGCCUGCCAUGCUGCUGAUCUGCGCUUUGUGUAGGUUGUCUGUGAUGCCAUAUCACAGGCCAGUGGGAAUGUGCAUGUGUUGUAUCUGGGGAGGGUGUUAACCUCUGGGAAGAGGUAGUGAAGAGAAAUUGGCGGCAGUAACUCUUUCAGUCAGCUAUUUGCAGCCAGAGUAGGGUGUAUGGCUGCAGCUUUGGUCAACUGUUUUCAAACAGCUGGUUUUGGAAAAUUUCUCAGCGUUAAAACCUACCGGCUAGUGGAGCUAAGAGAAUGGAUAAUGUUUUCUUUUAUUGCCAAAGAUUCCUAAGUAUAAAUAUUUUCCAGUGAAAAUGAAUACUCAGGUAUCAGGCUAUGUGUACACACUGCAGCUGAAGUAGGUGGCCAGUCUGCUGUAGCAGGGGGAAGACUAUUGUGGACACCUGGAAAAUCAUUACUGCGUGGAGUGGUGAGGCUGGCACAGAACAAACCUAGACCUUUUCUUCCUGCUUUCAUGAAUAUCCCCAAAGCACAAAGUGCAUAAGUCCUACUUUACACACAGUUUAUUUUACAAGUAAAUACAUGUCAAGUUUUGUCUCAUUUAUUAACAAAGGGAAGGAGGGGAAAGUGAGCCUUCAUACUCUCUAGGUGUGGGAUCAGUACCAGUGUGAUUUAAGGGUGGUGGUGGGGAGAUCUGACUAUGCUGUGUUUGGUUGUGAAUUAAUAUUUUUAGUGGGCGAGAUGACACAUGGCUUGCAAAAGAAUUCCAAUUGGCUUUUAUGCCCAAUUGGGCCUUUAAUAAGCUGUACACAUUCUUCCCAGAGGGCUCUGGUAACUAGCCUGACCUCACUGUGCUGCUGGGUUGCAGCUGUUGAGCUGUGUUACAGCAAUAUGAUCCUACUCUUGGAAGUACUUCUAUGUAGGUACCCUCAACAUAGGCAGACUUUAAGUCACUGACAGUUGGCUUCUGAUGUUUUAUGAUCACCAUGUACAGAUGAUCUUUGAGGGGUUUGGGGUAUUUUAAAUGGUUUAUUUAAAUUUAUCCUGGUUAUCAGACUAAUGUGAAUACUAAAUAACUCUUGUAACACAACUUUGCUGGAAAACUUAUCAAUGAUUUGACCAGUUUGUACCAAGCAGACACUUUCCUGGGAACAUCCUCUGGGAAGUCAGGACGUCAAUACUUCCAGUAUAAAAAUGGAGUCUGUUUAAUAAUGGUAAUUGAAUGUAUAAAUGCAGCUUGUGGUCUAGCCAACUUCAAAAUGCAUGUUUUUGCAAAUGAAAAUAGCAGCUGAUGAGUGUAAGGAAAAGAAAAAUCCCAAACCUUUAAUGGAGCUUGCCUCCAAGUGAUAGCUGCCACUCAUGAGGAAUGCAGAGAGGUUGCCUGGAAUUCUUAAACACAAUUUCUCUUCCUGAGUGACUGCAACCCUUAGAAUUCUGGCUGCUUCCAGCUGGCUGUAAUAGAUGAGAGAGCAGGAAAUUAGGAGGCAUAGAAACUAGCCUGAGAAGUGCUGUUUUCAGUGAGAUUUUAAAAGAGAUGGUGAAUCAAUGAGGCAGAAGAGAUAGGAGGAGGAUUUUAACAAACCUUCCAAUAAUGAAGAUGGGGGGAAGGGAGAGGGAGAAACAUAAAUGGUGUGUAUAUAGAACAUGCAUCACAAAAUGAGAUGACUUUAAGUUGUUCAGUAUUCGACAUGACACCUUUACUUUUUAGUUUUCUUUGGAAACACAAAUCCUUAUCUAACUACAUAGAAGGAGAAAUCAUGUUGCAGUGCGUUUUCUACUCACUUUUGUGUACUGAGCAAGACACUUUGCAGAAAAGGGUGUGGUGUUAUCCGAUUACAUGUUAGCUUUCCAAAACAGCUUAGAAGACCUUAAAUAUAACUUUAUCAUUGCAUAAAGAGUUGGAUGCUGUCAAAUUUAUGGAA